AACUGAAAUCAGUUUCAGCAGGAAAGAUACAGAAAUGGACAGAGCGAACACAGUCGACUGUAGCAGCACAUCUGUGGCUACAUACAAUCAAGAAUUCACUGCUAGGACUGAGCCUCAGGAAACAGGCUCUUCAAAGUUCUGCAAAGUGGUGGUUGUGUGCCUGGCGUUGCUGUUUGGUAUCCUGCUGGCUGGUCUCAUAGCUCUAGCAUUCAAGUACAGUACAGACACAGUCCAGUUCAAGACUGACUAUGACCAGUGUAUGGAUGAUCAGGACUAUCUGAACAGACGUUACUACAAUCUGACUACAGAGAGAGAUCAGCUUCAGGCCAGUGAAAAAAUCCAAAUGAAAAAAGUACAGACUUUAGAAAAGCUGCUACUAGUUGGGUGCAUGACAGGAAGGAGCAACUUUUCCUCUCAUCUUUAUUGUGUCUCUGCUACGAUGUUGUCGUGGAAUGAGAGCAGACACAGCUGUGCUGAGAAAGGAGCUUAUCUUGUGAUCAUAAAUAGUCCAGAGGAACAGGAAUUCAUAUCUAAUUUCCAAAUAAACAUAUGGAUUGGCCUUUCUUUAAAUGUUACUGAGGGAGUGUGGAAAUGGGUGGACAACACCGAAGUAAUCAAAGAGUACUGGGCAACAGGAGAACCCAAUGAUGUAUAUGGAAUUGAAGAUUGUGCAGAGAUUUUAACUGGCGGACCAAGCCAAGAAAACUGGAACGACCUUUCAUGUGAAGAAAAAAAACAAUCCAUUUGUGAAUAUGCAUAUUAAAUGCUUAUUUUUAAGCCAUGAAAGCAUUAUACAUGCCUUUUUAGUUAAAGAAUCAGUAGAAAAAAGUAAUAUGUCUGAAAGUCAAGAGAGACAUUUUGUACUCCUAUAAUAUGAUAAAUUGCUAUGCCUCUUCUUAUUCUGACAUAGUUCAUUGACACAACAUUCAAAAUCACAUGCUGUUUAUUUAAAAUAAUUUGAACGGUUUUUGUAAGUGAUUUUUGUCCGAUUUUGUUUUUAUUCCCGAAUAAAGAAGUAUUCACAUGGAAUUAUAACAUCAGCAUCACACCUGCUAAAGAUGCACAUUAGAAAUGACCUUUAUAUUAUAUUUGAUUCUUGAAUUUUGAAGCCUAAUUUAGAUUUAUUAGUCUGCUGUGUUGCUCUUCCUUUAUGGACAGAAUACAGUUUUCAAAGUGGAUAAUUGCAAACAUGUGUUCUACAUUAGCCAAUACUUUAUGCUUUGCAUUCAAACAAUAGCCUAAUAAUGAAAAAAAAAUUGUUUUUGCUUUUAAAACUUUUUCAUGAAAAGAUAAAAAGACAAAAACACAACUAGGUGUAUAAAGUUUGUUCAUUUUCCAUUUUUUACAUACAUUUUUGCAUACAGCAGUGAUUGAAGGCAAGUCAGAUCUAACAUUAGUAACCGAUCUGGCAAUA